GAUCUGUCUUUGUAGUACCACUAGGCAACAGUGAGUGCAUCACUGGAGCUGUUCAAGUGCGCAGGAGCCGCGCAGGGAAAUCGACGGGAAAAAGGGAUCUAAGAGGCCAAAAGAGCGUCUGGUGGAUCUCUACCGCUGAACCAUGAGAAUCCAGUCGACAUUUCUCUAAGAGAAGGGAAUAGGUGCCCGAAAAGAGCCUGUUAAUCAGCGUCGAUGCGCGCAGCCAAAAAUGACGACAGUGGGACAGUGAUUUUCUUCCUCCAUCUCGUCAUUUUUUUACACUCAGAUGCUUGGAUGCAACUCAUCUCAUAUGUAUACAGAUUACAAAGGAAGGGCUGGAAACCGAAUCAUCUCCAACACAGACGCAAGUGCGCACAGAGACGUUGCAUCCUGGAAACCGCUUCCAACGACUAAUUACGCGGAGAUAUUGGUGUUUUUUCGGCCGUGGAAGGAUUUUGAACUUUCGUAUGAAAACUUACUCUGUGAGUACAGUUCUGAACAGGUCGAUAUAGCCCCAACCUUCAGGGGCGAUGAGUAAUCCACAACGCAGCAACUGAGAAACUGUAAAAGCCUGGACUGUGACUGGUGCGUUUGGAUACCUUAUCCCGUGGGUCGCUUAUUUCUUUCAUAUGGCUUCCAUCUUCGGGGUUUGUAAUCUCCUCUUCCAUUAUUGACAUUUCAUGGCUGUAGAGUGUAGCAACAGUAGCGUGUGGCGAAAGAGGACGGUGCAAGACUAACUGGGGCGAAGACAGUACACUUUUAUUGUCUUAUUUUCAAAGAGGAGACAUUGCGCACGGGCAUCAACGACUGCAGCAACUACAACCCAGACUUUUUUUUAUUUCACUGAAUCCUUUGUUAUUUCUUUCGCUGCUGUCAUCGUAGUAUGUCUGCACUUCGAAAGAAAUUUGGGGACGAUUAUCAGGUAGUGACCACCUCAUCUAGCGGGUCUGGAUUCAACCAGCCUCCCCCAGAGAAAAAGAGGAAGAGGCAGCGGUUCGUGGACAAGAACGGGCGAUGUAACGUCCAGCAUGGGAACCUGGGUGGUGAAACCAGUAGAUAUCUCUCAGACUUAUUCACAACACUAGUAGAUUUGAAAUGGCGCUGGAAUCUAUUUAUUUUCAUCCUCACCUACACAGUCGCUUGGCUCUUCAUGGCCUCUAUGUGGUGGUGCAUCGCAUACAUCAGAGGAGACCUCAACAGAGUCCACAAUGACAAGUACACUCCAUGUGUGGCCAAUGUCUAUAACUUUCCCUCAGCCUUUCUCUUCUUCAUAGAGACCGAGGCCACUAUAGGAUAUGGUUACAGAUACAUCACAGACAAAUGCCCCGAGGGGAUCAUUCUCUUUCUUUUCCAGUCGAUCCUCGGAUCAAUUGUCGAUGCCUUCUUGAUCGGCUGCAUGUUCAUCAAGAUGUCUCAGCCCAAGAAAAGGGCCGAGACGUUAAUGUUCAGUGAACACGCGGUGAUUUCUAUGCGAGAUGGAAAACUAACUCUCAUGUUCAGGGUCGGCAACCUGCGUAAUAGCCAUAUGGUCUCUGCACAGAUCCGCUGCAAAUUGCUGAAAUCUCGCCAGACGCCCGAGGGCGAGUUUCUUCCGCUGGAUCAGUUGGAGCUGGACGUGGGUUUCAGUACCGGGGCAGACCAGCUCUUCCUCGUCUCACCACUCACGAUCUGCCAUGUGAUUGACACCAAAAGCCCCUUCUAUGACCUCUCCCAGAGGUCCAUGCAAACAGAGCAGUUUGAAAUUGUGGUGAUACUGGAAGGAAUAGUAGAGACUACAGGGAUGACCUGCCAAGCAAGGACGUCUUACACCGAGGACGAGGUUCUGUGGGGACACCGCUUCUUCCCGGUUAUCUCCUUGGAGGAAGGCUUCUUCAAGGUGGACUACUCUCAGUUCCACGCUACAUUUGAGGUGCCCACCCCUCCAUACAGCGUGAAGGAGCAGGAAGAGGCUCUGCUCCUCUCCUCGCCCCUCAUGGCUCCUUCCCUGUGCAACAGCGGGGAGAAGAACAGCUCUCUGGACUGUCUGGAGACCCUGGAGGACAAUGACAGCACCACCAAGCUGCCCACCAAGCUCCAGAAGAUCACAGGGCGGGAAGGCCUGCCCAAGAAGCUACUGAGGAUGAGUUCCACCACCUCGGAGAUGACUUACAGCUUUGGAGACCUGCCCAUGAAGCUGCAGCGAAUCAGCUCUGUUCCAGGCGUCUCUGAUGAUAAGCUGAUGGGUAAGACCUCCAAGAUCAACACGGAGACCAUGAGUAAGUCUGUGGCGGACUUACCUCCCAAACUGCAGCGACUGGCUGGGGGAGGAGGGGGCAGGAUGGACGGACACCUGCCGCCCAAACUCAGAAAGAUGAAUUCAGAUCGCUUUACAUAGAGCAGGCGACAUAUUUUAACUUAUGCCAUCCACCUUUGUUUCCCUACCUUGUACUAUUAUUAAUGGACAAUAUUCUUAUAUGAAAAGAAAUGUACAAAAUGUGCACAUAAACCUUAUAUGAAGUAGGGUGAUGGAAUAGAGCACAUUUGUCCCUGGAUGUACUGUAAGUGCACAUCCUAUGAAAGACCUCUGAUAUUUUUUUUAGGAUGAUGUACAAUUAGCACAAUCUGGCAUGUAAGAAACAGCGCAUGUAGAGCAGAAUCUCAAUACUUUUUGGCAUGACAUUUAUUGAUAUAUUAUUUUACAAAAACAAUUCCAUCUGUGAUUUUACAGACAGUGAACAAUUCCACAAAGCCAUAUGAUUUACAACGUGGAAAACCUACAUUACAUGGUUCUAAUUUGUGGUGACGAAAGGCACAUGCAUUUGUUUUGAGUUGAUUGCUUUUGUUGUUUAAUGUAAAAUUGUGGCAAUGUUACGUUGAUUGCAUGCUCCUCUUAUUGACUUAGCUAUACAAAGGUAAUAGACACAGAUGUUUAGCAUUAAUUAUAUUACCUUGUUUCCAUUUUCAUGUUUGUUCACAGCUGGAUUUUUGGUAUUUCAUAUAUAGACUAUUUUACCAUGUGCGAUUUUAUGACUUUAUGAGUUGAUCAAAUACAGAAUAUGUUGCUGGAUGAUGCAUUUUGCAUUUGAAAAUGUAUUAUUGGCAUCAUAUGACCUGUCUGAAGUGGGCACAAUCCCACACAAUUUUCACUUGCUUAUUAAAGUAACACUUAAGUUGAAAGAGUCAAUACAUUUACUUGAUGAGCACAAAGCAAUCAUUAUAUAACACCCUGUGAUAUUAGACAGCAUUUAUGGGCAUUUCUCUCAUAAAUCAACUGCUUAGGACAGUAGUUCUGUGUGCAAUUUCUUUGUUUCAUCAUAUAACAAGAUCAACCUAAAUAUAUAGACAUAAAAGACACUCAAUUCGAAUUUCAACUUAGGUGUUACUUGUUAGAUUAAGAGGUGGGCCCUGUGAGGAAAUCAUAACCUUUGUAUUAAGGGCCCAUAAUCUGCCUUCUUUGUGAUGAAAGCAAUAAUAUUAUAAUGACUAUAAUCUUUAUAUAGCCACAGGGUCUACCACAGCCCCAUAUUCAUUCUGUUUACUGAAUCCAUGCCAUAUAAUCUGGUUUUCUCUAAAUGCAUCAUAUACAUUGUAUGAUACCCAAUCUCUUCAGGAAUAAAGAUCUAACCCAACUGUUUAGCAUCGUGCUACUUUGACUAGAUCUAAUGCAUGCUUUACCCGUUCAAACAAAUAAAAUGUAUUACUUAUUACAGGGUGCGGUCAAAAUGAUGAAAGACCAACAACAUGCUUACCUCACUGUAAAGAUCCGGCAUUGGCAGUGCGAGUGAAUCUACCUGAUAUAUAAAUCUGAUACUGGCCAAAACCUAUGCAUAUUAUCACUGUGCGCAAAACUAUUUUGACUUAAAGCUUAACCUAGAAUACAGACUUUACAUCAGCUAGCUUGGCUCUGUCCAAGGGUGAAAAAAUUCCAUCUACCAUUCACUCUAAAGCCCACUUUUUGACAUGUUGUAUCCUGUUUGUUUAAGAUGUCAAUUCAUUUAUUUUAAUCUGUACAAAAACUAAAGUUUUAAAACAACACAUAACCCCUUGUGAAAUGGCAAAUUGUUUAUUAUUGUUUAACAUGUUAAUCAGUGAGCUUUAGAGAUGCUGAGAGGCAGAUUUUGUAACCUUUGGGCGGAGUCAAACUAGCUGUUUCCCCCUGUGUUUAGUGGUAAUGCUAAGCUAAGCUAACCGGCUGCUGGCUGUAGCUUCAAUUUUAUUGUACAGAUGUGAGAGUGGUAUCAAUCUCCUUCAAAAUGUUUUCAAUUCUUUCUUGGAAAGCAACAAGGCAUCGAUCCACACCAUCAUUUCAAUAGCAUCUGUUAUUUUGUUAGGAAAUGAUUUCUUUGUAAAUGUCUCCGAGGACAUGUGCAUAUAUUAUAUGCAUUUAGUAAGAUGAGACAAAAACCCCCAGAAAAAAUGAUAUACUUGGAUACUUGGACUUUCUAUGCCGACUGAUACUGAACAUGUGUUCUAGUAGAUAACUGGACCAAAACCCUAUCAAAAAUCUCAGGAGCAGAGAUGCAGGCGAUUGUAUCUUUUUAGAAUCAGUGGUAAAUUCUGCAGACCUUCUUUCAAAAACACAAAAGACACAACAUUAACGGUGGAUUGCUCUUGCUAUUUUUGUACGUUUAUCUUGCCUUAUUGACAACACAUGCAGGACUGCAAAUUGAUGUGAUCUAUUUCUAAAUCUGGAGCAAAACUGUACCAGAUAAAGGAUUCCGCAUCGAAACAGAGCCGUCACUGCGAGAAGUCUUUUAUUAUUGUGCUCUCAUUGUUUUGAUCAUACCCUGUGUAAUCACUGCUGCUGGUCAUAUUUGACAGUACACCCUUUGUUGCUGUCAAAUACGCCGUGUAAAUAAUAAUAACUGUGGUUCAGGAGAUACCUUAAAGGACUCGUGGAGAUAAGUCAGUGCCAUGGCUGUACCACAGGCAGAUGGGUUGAUUCUGUUUUUAUUUUAAGAAAACCUUUUCUUCUGAAUCUCUCAAAUAAACUCCAUGGAUCAGAAUAGCAAAACUGCUGAUGGCAUUAUCCUCUGACACCUUGGAAAUUGGGUGCAAAUCCUUUAAAGCUACGUUAAAUCAGCACUUGCACUGCCAGAAAACACUAGCCCUUUACCACCAAGGAGAGCUUUGCUCUAGAUGUCACUUUGUCUGUUUUUUGUUGUUGUGUUUUUGUCCUCUGUGAUGUGAGGUCUCUCCAGCAGGAAGAGAAUUAAUGCCUCUCCAUUAACAGUAAUGCUUCUCCACAGAAAUAGCAUUUAAAUACAAAAAUUAUUAACUCAAGUGUAUUUGGAAGAUGUGGCAGGAUUAUAGUAGGAGGCAAGAAAAGGGUUAUUCAGAGUUUAAAAUCUUGUUAAAAUUCCAUAAAAAAUAUAAUUCUUUGAGGGAUAUUUUGAUAAUUUCCAUAAUCAGAUUUCUUGACAAAUAUGAUCUGACACAGACUCAGCCUGCAGCAAAGAAAACAGCUGGUGUUGCUUGCAGAUUACAGGACAAAUAAAACACAAUUUACAGUGAAAGAUCAGCAUUUUCUAUUUUCCUUUUCGACCUCAACUGAAUCCAGUUGAUUCCCACAAUCAAAUCAAUUUACUUUGGAAACAGACAUUUGCAAAUAAAACUCUGCUUUGUUGUUAUAAAGGACAAUAAGAGAGAAACUUCAUUGAACAUUCAAAAUGACAUAUGGCUUGUUGACUGGCUGUUUGAACACUUCUCUCACCACAUCACUAUGUGUCAGCGUCAAGAUGGUUAUGACGCAUCACAUAUGAAGAAUGGUGCAACAUAAGACUGAACUGUUGGUGACUUUGCACUGCACGACACACUGCAAAACAAGACAAGUUGCUUCCCAUAGCUACAGUGGUUUGCUUUAUUUCCCUUGCAGCCUGGUUGACCAUUUCAGAUGCAACAUGUCUGUCAUCAUGUCAUUAAAAAAAGGAAAAAUUGUAUAUGUUUCAGCCCAUGUUUAUUAAAAGCUUUUAGUUUUUAACCAUCCAAUUGACAGUUUGCUAAGCCCCUCCCCAUGAACGGUGAUUUUCCAAUCAUCAAUCAAUCCGCUUAGCAACCAUAAUGAGGUACUGGAUGCCUAAGCUUUGGAUGGUGUUCAUUUUUGUUUAUCCCUCUCCAUAACCAACUAACGUUUGCGGCUCUGUCCUGGAAGUUCACACUCGGCCCUCUGCAACUCAUCCGAAAAGGCUUGUCUUCUGUAAUGUUAAAAGUGAAACACCUCAAAAAUACAAACAAUAAAGUAUAAAUCUGUCAUCGCUAGUGCUUGUCAUAGUCCUAAGCAGCCAGACAACAAGGGUUAUGUCAGAAUAAAGUGACAAUAUACAGAAUGUACUGUAUGUCUGUGUGGGUUGGUACUGUAUGUGUGUAUGUACUGUAUAUGUACUGUAAUACUAGGACUCUCUCUGCAAUACAAGAACAGUUACUUCUUAUUUCUAUGUCUUCCACAUGGAUCAUCAAGUGGUAAGGGUACUGACUUUUUGCCUGAGGCAUAAAAACUUUAAUGUUGGUUUACUCUCAAAAAGAGCUGGUUGGGACGAUGUCAAACAUGUUGGAAAGCCAAAGUGGUUUUCAAACUGUCUCACUUGUAGAGAAAAGUCGGGCGUGGGAGAUGCAUGCAAUACUCCUUUUAAUAUGGGGAUAACCAUUCACACUUUCGGACAGUUUUUCCUGGAAGGCGUUUGUAUUGCACAUAGUUUCACACAUGAAAAGUGACAGAAAUACUAGAAACAGGAAAAAAAUCAAACUUUCUCACCUCCGCCCAGCACUGUAUGAAGUGUGUGUGUGUGUGUCGGAUUGACAUGUUACAGAAAUUGUGGGUCGCAGCCUCUCUUAUUCCUCUAGGUUCAGGCACUCUUCAACCAGCUGACAAGCCAUUCUGUUUCCCUAUUGCCCCUUUAACCUCAGGCUUUUAGCAUAAUAUAUGUUAUUAGCCAUAUUUAACACCUUGUUACAAUGUUGUUGUUUUAAAAAAAUCAGGAUCGGCAACAUUAAAAAGAUUUAUGUUAGCUUGAUGUUAUCUUAUUUAGCUAGAUACCCUCUUCAGCUGGCAACAUUUCCUGCUAACAAAAUCGAAUUGCUGGCAAGAAAGGCUUCUUUUGUCUACCGCUGUCUGAAAUAAAGGUCCCUUUGUUUGAAAAAUGACUGAGAGUUCGAGAGGUAAAUCUGCUUCCAUUAUCAUUAUUAACUACAUGCCAUGUCAGAACAAAAACCUCAACAGCAACAGUCAUUCUUUAUGUUUUUAUCAUACAUAUUGGACAUCCAAAAGAUCUAUAACAUUCAGUCAUCUGUCAGUAUGAGCCCUGCUGUUUGGGUACAAACGUAACCUUGUUGGACUGACUCAAUUUGUCACUGCCACAUACUAUAAAUUAGUCUUUAGUCCAUCUGACUGGUGAGUGAAUCAACUUUUCAAGGCCUCUGCAGUGAUUUCCAAUUCAUUUUUAUUGCAACAGCUUCAGACUCAUGAGCCCUGGGUGUGAUUUACUG